CUAGACGCGCAUCACGUGAUCGGUGGCUGAGCGCGGUUCAGUCAGACUGAGGUGAAAGAGAGCUAGAGACCGGAACCGGAAGGCGAAAUGCGACGCUAGACAACGGAGCUACAGUCUGGAGUGCCAAUAUUGGAAAUUAAAGGUGUCGGGGGGAAAAGUGGAUAUGAGUUCUCAACAGUUUCCCCGCCAGGCAGUAUCCAUGCCUCCUCCCCAAGUUUCUAACAGUGGAGCAUCUGUGGGACAGAAUGUCCAAGGAGAUGAGGUAGCAAGAGAAAUAGAUGUCCAAUCCCGUGAUCCGCUUGGUGCCAGCACAGUUCUACCAUCACGUGACGAUAAGCAGGAACCAGUGGUUGUCAGGCCCUACCCUCAAGUUCAGAUGUUGACUUCACACCAUCCAUUGCAGCCUGCCCCUUCCCUCACUAUGACUGCACAACCUGCUCACCUAACCUCAGCUGUUCCACUGUCAUUCUCCGAGAAUAUCCUAAAGACUCCAAAGUCCACUAUGCCUAGCCGCCCUAUUGCUCCAGCACCUCCCUCUGCCCUGUCUGCCGUACCAAAGGUCUCUGGCCAAGGGACUGUCACCAUGGAGAGUGGCCUUCCACAGACCUCUGCUAUCCCUGUGGCCACAAUAAGUGGCCAGCAGGGACAUCCCAACAGCCUCCACCAUAUCAUGGCCGCCACAAAUGUUCAGAUGUCCAUUAUCCGUAGCGGUGCCCCAGGACCUCCAUUGCAUAUUGGAGCUUCUCAUCUUCCCAGAGGAGCCGCUGCAGCAGCUGUCAUGUCAAGCUCUAAAGUGACUACUAUGUUAAGACCAGCUUCAGCGCAGAUACCAAGUGCAGCUGCUUCGCAGUCAGCCACUCAACACAUUAUCCACCCUCCUAUCCAGUCUCGUCCUCCAGUGACAACAACAUCAGUUAGUCCUGCUGUGGUAGCCACAGUAUCUGCUACUAGAGCACAGUCACCAGUCAUAACAACUACACCAGCCCAUGCUGCUGAGCCAGUGUUAAGACCAACUCUGGCCUUCCAGCAACACCCACCUCCUGCUGCAAUCAGUAUUCAGAGAUCAGCUCAGGCUCGUGAUGCAGCCACAACGCGCAUUACACUGCCAACACACCCUGCAUUAGGAGGUCAGAAGCCACAACUACAUGCAAUGACACAGAAGACUCUGUUUGGUACUGGUAAUCCAGUAGCAGCAGCAACAGUGGCUCCAAUUCUAGCAACAAACACUCUCCCUUCAGUGACCACUUCAGGUUCUGCUCCCCAUACGCAAGUUUCUACUAGUACCAUUGUUACUAUGACAAUGCCAACUCACUCCUCACAUGCUACAGCAGGGACUGCCUCCAACAUUCCCGUGGCCAAAGUGGUUCCACAGCAGAUCACUCACACCUCACCUCGUAUCCAAUCAGAGUAUGGAACAGAAAGAGGAAACUUGAUACCUAUUCCUGGUCACCGAGCUUCACCAAAUCCUAUGACCAUGGAGGCCAGGAGUGAAAACAGACAGCCUGUUCCUGUACAGUUACAGUACUUUCUACCAACCUAUCCUCCAUCUGCAUAUCCCUUGACAGCACACACUUAUACCCCUAUUACAAGCUCUGUGUCCACCAUUCGACAAUACCCAGUUUCAGCUCAGGCUCCAAACUCUGCCAUCACAGCCCAGUCGGUGGCUUCCACAGUCCAUCUGAACCCAAUGCAGCUGAUAAAUAUGGACACAUCACACACACGCCACAUUCAGGGUAUCCAGCCAGCUCCAGUUAGUGCACAGGGAAUACAACCAUCUCCUUUUAGUGCACAAGGCAUCCAGGCAACCCCUAUAAGUACCCAAGGAAUCCAUCCAACUCCAAUUAACACCCAGGCAAUCCACCCUGCAACUUCAAUCACUAACCAGGGUGUUCAAACGUCUUCAGUCAGCUCACAGCAAGCUUCAAGUGAACCAAAGUCUUCUGUUGUACUUGCAGAGGGUGCCACAAUUAUUGCAAAUCCCAUAAAUAGUUCUUUCAGUGCCACACCUGCUGGCACUACAGUUAUGCAGAGCCACAGUCAGAGCCCUGGAAUUGGCAGUUCCCCUGCACAGGGAUCCUCUCCUAGGCCCAGCAUCCUACGAAAGAAACCUGCAACUGAGGGGUUAUCUGUUAGGAAAAGCCUCAUUCCCCCUCACCCAGGAGAUGCUGUAAGCCCACGUCACGACAGCGCCUUGCGCAGCACAUCUGCUUCUCCGCGGCCUGCUGGUGCCAAACCCAAAGCAGAUCUUCAUGUAUCUGUAGCACCAGGAGUGACUGGGGAUCCAGGAGCAGCUGAUCAGCCAAGUGCAGCUGCUUCCCUACCAUCUUCUCAUCACCCUACAGCAGCUGUGCCAAGCCCUCCCUCUCAACCUGUAUCUGGACCUAUGCCUAGCAGCAUCCAUAUUACUCCUGCCACAAUUCCUGCAUUAUCUGCACCUCCACCUCUUCUGAGUAAUGCACCAUCUGGAGCUGUCAUGCCUGAGGACAAGAUGAAAGAGGAGGCAGAACCAAUGGACAUUUUGAGACCUGUUUCAGGUAGAGAGCUAUCAAGUUCGGUUCAUUUUUACACAGUGCCACCUCUACCCCCCAAUUCAAUAUCUUCCCCACUAACAGUGCUUGCCAAUAACAUCUCUGGUCCUGCUGGGGAACUACCACCAGGGGCCUCACCUCGCAAGAAACCACGCAAACAGCAGCAUGUUAUAUCCACAGAAGAGGGAGAUAUGAUGGAGACUAACAGCACAGACGAAGAGCGAUGCCAUGCUGUAAAACCUUUCACAUCCAGGCCUGAGAAGAGAAAAUCACCUCCCAAAGAGUAUAUAGAUGAGGAAGGCGUGCGGUAUGUCCCAGUAAGGCCAAGGCCUCCUAUUACCCUUCUGCGCCAUUAUCGCAACCCAUGGAAAGCAGCAUACCAUCAUUUUCAGAGAUACACUGAUGUGCGAGUAAAAGAAGAGAAGAAACUGACAUUGCAAGAUGUAGCUAACCAAAAAGGGAUCACCUGCAGAGUUCAGGGCUGGAAAACUCAUUUAUGUGCUGCUCAGCUUCUUCAGCUGAUUAAACUGGAGCAAGAUGUGUUUGAAAGGUUAACAGUGCUGCAGGAGGGACUCGUUCCCAAAAAGAAGACUGCCACUGAUGAUGACUUGCAUCGAAUCAAUGAACUGAUUCAGGGUAAUAUGCAGCGGUGCAAGCUGGUCAUGGACCAAAUAACAGAGUCUCGGGACUGCAUGCUUAAAGUACUUGACCACAAGGAUCGUGUGCUAAAGUUGCUCAAUAAGAGUGGGGCAUCUCGUAGGCUGUCAAAAGUGAAGCCGAAGGACAAAAUGUGAAUCCAGAACCAGCACUACCCCCUCCUAUUGUGUAAAUUAAAGUUCAUUCCUGCACCAGCAGAGGGCGAGUUUUCUGUGAGCCAGGGAUGCUGCGUUUGUAUCAUUUGUUUCCUUUUUCACUUGGUCACUUACUACAAGCUCCAGCUUUAACAGAGAUUUCUUGCGGCCGGCUUGUAAUGCUUGGAUGGACCUUAAACGUGCUUGCUUUUCUUCAAGGAGGGUUGAACACAGCUUUAUUAAAUUGCUAGUGCUACAUAAAAGCACUGGUCUGUGUGCCCCACACAAAUGCUUGUAUAUAGUGCUGUUCAUCUUUUCACUGUUACACACAAACCUGCCUUGUAUUUACACCCGUUUUAUUAUUAUUUUUAUGCAAAUGUGUGUUUUCAGGUAUUAGUUAUUCAGACAAAUGUCUUAUAUCGUUAAUGUUUUAUCGUGUCAAUGUCUGCGUGAAGUCAUCGGUUCUGGCACCCCCAUAGUAAUCUGAGACUCUGAACAGUAAUUCUGAGAUGGAAAUAGGGUUACCAACAAGCAAUUUUAAUUAAAGAAUCUUGUGCUGCUCCUUUGAAACUUAUGUAGCCCUCUGUUAUAUAAAAAUAGGUCUCUGUCCCUGGUUAAAAGGGGUUGUUGGCAGCCGUAGAUGAAAAUCCUAUACGAUCAGCCCAAAAAAGUUGUACUUUAUACGUUUAGCACUAAAUCUUCCACCACAUACAUCCUUUCUUCCCCCCAUUAGCCCUGUCGUUUACCUAAAAAAAAGACAUGUUCUAAUAGCAGUCUACUAUAGUUCAGCUGUGGGUUAAAUAAGAGGAUCAUGAAAAAUAUGAGAACGUAUCAUGUCGGUAACGUUUUUGUUUGUGCCUUUAAAAUUGUGCGGUAUAGAGUAAAGUCGUGUAGUGUUGUACAAGUGUUUUUAUUUCAUGUUUCUGUUUAGUGACAAAGAAAUGUUUUUUUUCCCCCCAAAUGAACUCAAUAGACAAAAUCUCUUAAGUAAAGCAUUCUUGCAUUAGAUCCAAGCAUCCUUCUGUUUACAGCAGCAAAGUCGAAUUAAGAAAAAUUAAUGGCGUUAAAAUCCAAUUAAGAUCCAAUUUCUAAACUCAGGCCAACCAAGAAAAACGUAAGAACCAAUGUAAUUGCUGUCCGUGUUAAACUGCAUUACACUGUGUUAGUAUGCAGGUUAUUCGGAUUAAAGGAAACGUAAUCAUG